AUGUUGUCCAGAAGUAUUAAAACUACUACUCGUCGCUUACCUAGUGUUUGCAAAAAGCCAGUAUUGCAAACUGGGGCCAAAAUUGGUAAUGUCAUGAUGACCAGAUCGAUUCAAACUGAAAGCUACAAGUCCGUGAGAGAUAUGAACAAGAUGAGCAACAACAUGUUGAACUUCAAGCGUUUUGCAUCCCAAACUGUUAAGGUUCCAGAAAUGGCCGAAUCUAUCACUGAGGGUACUUUAUCUGAAUACCUCAAAGAGGUCGGUGAUUUUGUCAACCAAGACGAAACUAUUGCCACAAUUGAAACCGAUAAGAUUGAUGUCGAAGUGAAUGCUCCAGUGAGUGGUACUAUCACCGAACGUUUAGUUGAGGUUGAAGAAAAUGUGACUGUUGGCCAAGACUUGGUGAAGAUCGAAGAAGGUGAAGCCCCAGCUGGCGGUGCCAAGGAAGAAUCAAAGGAAGAAUCCAAGGAAGAGCCAAAGAAGGAAGAAUCUGCUGCUCCAAAGAAGGAAGAAGCCCCAAAGCCAAAGAAGGAAGAAGCCCCAAAGCCAAAGAAAGAAGAGCCAAAGAAGGAAGCCAAGAAGGAAACUUCCAAGUCUGGUGAAGAAGCCACCUUCACCAACUUCUCUAGAAACGAAGAAAGAGUCAAGAUGAACAGAAUGCGUUUGAGAAUUGCUGAACGUCUUAAGGAAUCGCAGAACACCAACGCUUCCUUGACCACCUUCAACGAAGUCGACAUGACUAACUUGAUGGAAAUGAGAAAAUUAUACAAGGACGAAUUCUUGGACAAGACCGGAAUCAAGUUAGGUUUCAUGGGUGCUUUCGCUAAGGCUUCCACUUUAGCCAUGAAGGAAAUUCCCUCUGUUGGUGCCUCCAUCGAAAACAACGAUACCUUAGUUUUCAGAGACUACGCUGAUAUUUCUGUCGCUGUUGCCACUCCAAAGGGUUUAGUUACCCCAAUUGUCAGAAAUGCCGAAUCCUUAUCCAUCUUAGGUAUCGAAAAGUCUAUCUCUGACUUAGGUAGAAAGGCCAGAGAUGGUAAAUUAACCUUAGAAGACAUGACUGGUGGUAACUUCACCAUCUCUAACGGUGGUAUCUUCGGUUCUUUAUACGGUACCCCAAUCAUCAACUUGCCUCAAACUUCUGUCUUAGGUUUACAUGGUGUUAAGCAAAGACCCGUUACUGUUAACGGCCAAAUUGAAUCAAGACCAAUGAUGUACUUAGCUUUAACCUAUGAUCACAGAGUCUUAGAUGGCCGUGAAGCUGUUAUCUUCUUGAGAACAAUCAAGGAAUUGAUUGAAGACCCAAGAAAGAUGUUAUUAUUGCAAUAG